CCAGUUGACAGUUGACAGUUGGCGUUAGACUGACUGGUUCGUUGAGCUGAUUUUUUAUUAUCAACAGCUCGGUUUUUACCUAAUUAGUGUUUAUCUAUUUACAAUUUGUAAUUACUUCUAGAAAAUGCGUUUGUUAACGUUUAGCUUUAUGAAAACGUGCAAAUACAGGAAGUUAUGCAGUAACUUUCCUCGCGGGAUCAGCGGUUUUGCGCAGCCCGACGUAAUACCAGUAAUAGGUGACCCCAAUUUGGUUGACAUCACAUCAUGGAAUGAGGAUCAGGAGCCGGAGCUCCGGAGAGCAGUGCUGGCAGACAUGCAGGUGUACCCUGACUUCAUCACUGAGAAGGAGGAGAAUGCUCUGCUGCAAGAACUGGAGCCUGUACUGCGACGCAUGAGAUAUGAGUUUGACCACUGGGAUAAUGCAAUCCAUGGUUUCCGUGAGACAGAGCGUCGGGAUUGGUCGGAGGAAGGCUCGGCGGUGUUGUCCCGCGUGAGGGCGCUGGCUUUCAGCGCGGGCGGCGCCCGGCCGCUGCCGCAUGUACACGUGCUGGACCUCGCCGCCGCCGGACAUAUCAAGCCUCACGUCGACGCCGUGCGGUUUUGUGGCGACGUGAUAGCGGGGUUGUGCCUGGUCUCCAGUGCAGUGAUGGAGCUCGUUCACACAGAGAAGCCCCACCUGCAGCUACACGCACUACUGGCCCGUCGCGCCCUCUACAUCAUGAAGGGCGUGGCGCGGUACUCGUUCAGUCACGCAGUGCUGGGCGGCACGAGCAGCGUGUGGCGCGGCGCCGCCGUGCCGCGCGGCAGGCGCGUCGCACUCAUCUGCAGGAGCGAGCCGGCCCGGGACAGGGACGACUGACCACCCACUGCGACAUUAUCAUCCACUGACGCUUCCUAUUACAUGACUGUCAGCCACCGCACUGGUGCAACAUUCUACGUCAACUGGCACUAUUUAUUGAUACUUACAAUUUUAAUUUCUUUAGUAUUAUCACCUUUUAAACCUCUAUAAAAUUGUGUCUUAAAUAUUUUGUUGAUGAGAUUCAAAGAUGUUUAAUUUGAUUUCCCUAACCUCACUGCAGUUGUUACAAGUUGUAUGACUGCAUGACUAGAGUUCUACCUAGUCACGACACGACUUUACCUAUACAAUUGUGAUAUUAUUAUAAAUUUAUAAUACUAGAUGUAGUUUAGUUGAAAUUAUUUUCCAUACAUGUUGAAAUAUACCUUGUUGUUAAUAAUAAAGUAUUAUUGUUGAAUAUA